CCCGAAUUGGAAAUUGGGUCUAAAACUACUGGGCUUCAGCAUAUCUGGGUUCGGGUUGUACUGAACCCGUGGAUUAAACCACAACAACCGUUUAUUGGACCCGGUUGAACCUAUUCGGUUAUUAAUUUGCCGUCUUUUAAUCUUCAGCUGCUCCCCUUCAGUCUCUAGUCCUUCUUGGUCCUUCCAAAAAAGCUCUGGGAUCUUCUAUUGGCAGCACAGCACCCAGUUUGGUUCUGUCUGUCGCUCCAAUCCCAAUCCUUUCCAUUCAUCUAUACUCUGUAAUUGUUGAUUUUUCAUUGCUCAAUUCAGUAAUGGCGAUAUCUCUCGCAAGCCAAGCACUAUCGUCCUCUGCUCUUUCCUUCAACAACAGAACCCUAAACUCCUGCGCUAAACCCAAUCCUCCCCUCUUCUAUCCGCAAAAUAGACCUCUCAAGGGAUGGUGCUCUGCUUUCGUUUCUCCCCUUCCGUCGUUACGCAGCAGCGGCAGCAGCAAGAGAAACUACUUCCACAUCCAUGGCUCCGGUUCCUUCCUUGCUCGUUGCGCAGUCCACGAAGCCGCUUCUGCCGAUGCAGCUAUGCUUACAAAUGAGGAAGAUCGUGCUCUACAGGAUGAUGUAAAAGAUAAAGAGGAUGAUGUGGAGGAAAUGAAGGAGGGAUCAGAAUCCAUUCCACAGAACGAAUCUGAUUUGAAGAAUGUUUUUGCAAGUUAUCGGGAAGCUAUCCUUUCUGGCGACCAGGAGACCGCUACUGCAAUUGAGGCUGAGUUAAAUGCCAGUGAAAGCACGAAAAAUGAGCUAGUAAUAAAGGUGUCGGCUUUGUCCGCGGAGAUAACUUCUGGCAGGGACAGAUACAUCCGCCUGCAGGCAGAUUUUGAUAAUUUCAGGAAAAGAUCAGAGAACGAGAGACUGAACAUCAGGAGUGAUGCCCAAGGAGCAGUGAUCGAGAGCCUUCUGCCCAUGGUUGACAGUUUUGAGAGAGCCAAACAACAAAUCAAACCAGAAACCGACAAGGAGAAGAAAAUAGAUACAAGUUAUCAGGGCAUAUACAAACAAUUCUUGGAGAUCAUGAAAAGCAUGCAGGUGACUGCUGUACCAACAGUUGGACAUCCUUUUGAUCCUUCGGUACAUGAAGCGAUUGCAAGGGAAGAAUCUCAAGAGUAUGAGGAUGGGAUUGUUUUACAAGAAUUCCGGCCUGGAUUUCUGGUUGGAGAGCGGCUAAUAAGACCAGCUAUGGUUAAAGUUUCUGCAGGGCCAGGGCCUGGGCCUAAAACUGAGGAAGCUCCUGCAACUGUUGAAGACCAUGCUGAGCAGGAAGCUGCCGCAGAAGGAUAAGCUGUGUUAGCGAGCAUACCUCUUUUUUUCUGGAAUUAUUUUACAGAGAGGUUCAACCACGGCCUGUGAUUGCUUGUGGUAUAAAAAACUCCAGUUUUAGCGUACUAUCUUUUUUCCCCGUUUUUGUCUAACUAUGGGUAAAAAUGACUGGUCUUCAGUGUAGUUACGACAACAGGGGCAAGCAGAGGCCACCAAGAGUUAAGAUGAUCGUUUCUUUGACACACUAUGUGGUGGUCGAUGAGCUAUUUGAUUUGAAAUGAUGUCUUCUACAUUGUCCAUUACAACACCCGAAACCCGAACUAUGCCACCUGUGUUCUAUUCUUUUCAAUAUUUUAAUAUUUCAUUUAUGUCCUGAACUAUUAUUCGAUUAAUGUUGAUCGGCGUUAACUGUUAAUUUUACAGAACAUCCAGUUAGUGUUGACGUGACGUCUGACUUGUUAUUUUUAAAUAAUUAAAUAACAAUUAGAAAAGGCAAAAAAGCAAAAAAAUAAAAAUCCUCAUUUUCAGCUUGUUCCGCGUCCUCCUCUUACCUGAACCAAUUUGUCACCACCACAAUCCUCUCACUCCUCGGCCACUACAAUCCAUCCCCGCGACCCAAUCCACCGCCACCAAACUCCUCUCACUUCGCCGCCACUCCAAUCCGUCCCGGCGACCCAAUCUGCCAUCACCACAAUCCUCCCACUCCGCGAUCACUACAAUUUGUCCCGACGACCCAAUCCGCCACCACCAAACUCCUCCCACUUCGCGGCCACUCCAAUCCGUCCCAGCGACUAAAUCCGCAACCACCACACUUCUUCCAUUUCCCCAUCACUCUGAUUCGACACGACAACCCACUCCGCCACCACCAAACUCCUACAACUAUGCCGCCACUCCAAUCCGACCUGGCGACCCAAUCCUCCACCGCCACUCCAAUCCGCCACGGCAACCCAAACUCAACACGAAUUAAAAGCUGUCGUGAGAUCCUCGUCGGUUGUGACCUCCACGAGCAGCAUGAAGCAGCCGGUGCCCGAUCCGUCAUUAGUAGCGAGCUAGAGUUGGAAGGAGAUGAGACCAGCUCUAGCCUCUAGUUACUAGAGGGGAAUCGGGUGCAUCUAUGACGGAUUCGCAGGAGUGAGUAUCGACUUGUGGGGAGAUUUUCCGGCUAGGGAGAUUAUUCAAGAGAGGAGUGAGUAAUUCAAUUUUUAUUUAAUUUGAAUUAAAAACUAUGAGGUGUCAACGACGUGGCAUUUAUGUGGCAGCCACAUUUUUGCCACGUCAACAAAAGUCAACUUUUGCUCUAACGGUCAACAAAAUCUCCAGGAUACAAAUAGCACAAAAAAUAUUAUAGUUUAGGACAUUAAUGAAAUAUUGAAAAAAAUAGUACAUAAGUGGCAUCUUUGUCAUAGUUCAGGUGUUGUAAUGGUAUUAGCCUUAUAUGUUUUAUGAAAGUUGGAUCCAUGAAUCCACUAUAAAAUUAGGGAUGACAAAAUAAUUCAUGACUGGAUAUCCAAACAUAUGCGAAUUCAUUUGGUUGGGAAAAAUUUAACAUAUAUUUCUUUUGUGUGUUUUUUUGGGUACCAACAAAGGAUAAUUUGAUGCAUUUUGAUAUUUUAGUGCUUACCGAAACGAUCUGAAUUUGAAAUAUUAAAAUUAAUUUUUAGAUCUAAAUCUUGCUCUCUUUUCUUUUUUUAACCAGACCUAAAUCAUGCUCAUUGUUUCCUCACGUUAAUAAGCAGUGUUAAAAUAAAACAUAGAUAUUCUAGAAAACAUUUCACAUUAUAUCAAGAACGGUAUAUAUGUCUUUGAAGAUGGUUUAGACAAUUUUCCUCACAUACUUACAGGUUUUGCUAUGUCAUGUUAUCCUGCUUAUUUUUAUUUAAUAAGAUGGUUACAAUUUUAAAUUCGCAAUUCAAGAUGGUAUGCACAUAAUCAUCUUCACUAAACCCUUUGAUAUCCCUUGAUAAAACAAAGAAAACAAAUUUUAACAAGCUAUGUGGGCCCGUCCUUUUGCCGGAAUAAAUCCUUUUUGUUGGUUUUCUAAAUUUUUAUUAACUUUUUUCCAUUUAUGAUUGAUAUAAUCUUAAUAAAUUCAAUGCGUAAGUUUUUUAGUAGAAAAGUGGGAUGCUAAAAGGAGUUUCCCUGGCUAGACACUUAAAUUAAUUAUUUUUUUUUUUUUUUAUGGGGAACACUUAAAUUAAUUGAGACUGGGCAAUACAGAUGGUCUGUCAGUAGCACCUUGUCGCUAGUUUGGGCCUGGCUGAUGGUUGUCGUCCAGCUCUGUAUAAUGUUGCACAUGUACUAUUCAAUGUGGCGUUUGCUUUGAAAAAUUUCAUCGUUCAUUUGUUUCCAGAGAUGCAAUGUAGCCACCUCCGAAUUUCGGGUUGUUAAAUGUGUUGCAUCCAAUCUGAGAACUUCAACCGCUGCCAUAACUAUUAAGUUCUUGAACAAUGUUGAAAGACAUGUUCAGUUGUUUCUUGGUCCUGCUUGCAUAGUUCACACGUGUCUCUGGUGGUCAAUUAUCUUGGCUUUUCUGUUCGCAAUUUGUCAUUAAUCUCUUUUGGACUGCAACCAUAGGUGGUGUCUGAUUCGGUUUGGCCCAUUCCACUUCCAGAUACUCUUCCAACUAAGUUUUCUAUUGGUAUUGGCAAACUCUUCCUCCUCUGUUCGUAAACAUUCAACAACUGCGAUGUAUGUGGACCAUAGCAGGAAGCGGCAAUCAGCCCCCAUACCCAAGUUCUACGUCAGGUGAGCACUUCCUGCAAUCAAUGAAAUCAAAUGGUAAGGAAUAUAUGGGCUUAUCUUACUCUAAUCCCACUUACCGUCAUUCUUAGUUGACUCUCUGGUCGCAAUAUUCCACUCAAUUAUCUCUCUUAUGAUCAUGAUAUGCUCACUAAAGAUCAUGCCCCCAGCUAGGCAAGCUUCUUUCCAGAAUUUGACGUUUCACCCUCCUUUGAUAUCCCAAAUCAUGCUAUGCUUCAUCACCAACCAAGUGUCUCAGAUUUCCUUCCAAAGUCUUGAGGGUUUGCUGUGUUUAAAUUUUAAAGUAUUUUUCCUACAAAAAGGAUGAGGUCAUCCCAAAAAGAAAAGGUAGUUGAGGGUGGCCAAUCUUUGAAAGAGUAAUGGAUUUUCAGAGACCCUUCACCUACCAUUGUAUAAUACCUCUUUCUGGUUUAUAUUGGUCAUUUGGCAUAAUAACGGCACGACAUAUAACAUGUAGAGGUGGCAAAUGGAUUGGAUUGGUGGAUUGGAUUGGUGGAUCCAUGGAUCAAACGGAUUGGAUCUAAUGGAUUGGUGGAUUCAUGGAUUGGAUCAAGUGGAUUGGUGGAUUAUCCAUGAAUCCAAAUGACAUCCUCAAUCAAGGACCAAUAUGUAAAAUGUAAAAAGUUUAGGUACUAAAAUGUCAUAAUGAAAAAUUUUAGGUACCAAAACGUAAUUUUCAAAUGAUAUUUUUUGUAUAAAAAUUUAAAUUUUAGGUACCAAAAUGUAAAAAAUAAAAAUUAUAGGUACUAAAUCGUAAUUUGCUAAUGAUCCAUGGAUCCAAUCCAUGAAUCCACAAAUCCAAUUGGAUUUGGAUCAAAUAGAUUGGAUUUAAAUGGAUUGGAUUAGGUGGAUAUUUUUAAUGGAUUGAUGGAUUGGAUUGGUGGAUUGGAUUGAAAUUGCCACCUCUAAUAACAUGUAUACAUUUUACAAUUAUUAAGACCAACAUACUAGAGUUAAUUGUUAGUGUUAACAAUUAAUUCAUUAGUUGUUAGUAGUGAAAUUGAAGGGUGCUUGCAUGGUUGGCAGGUCGUUUGCCACAUGUCAUUGACAAGUAAAUGAAAACUUUUCUUAAUAAUUAAAAAAUUAAACAUAGUUAUCGUUUCAUACUGUAGGCUAUAGUUGUUCCAAACAUCAAAGUUCAUGCUACAUAAACAAUGAUUUUUUCAACAAAAAGAAAAUGCUAACUUUUGAGAAAAUAAAAUAUUGCAUAGUCUUUAAUAAGUGAUUAAGGCGUUCAAUGCACAAUAAUCAAUAUAAAAAGAAAAGGAGAGAGGGGGCAUCCCUGUCUAAAAAUAAGAGACAACCUGAAUUCCUAAGCGAAGCUGUCAUUUCAUAAUAUUUAGAAAGUGGUCAUCGUGACACACACCAUGAUCAUUAUGAUGAAGUUAUGAGAUAGAUAGGCAGUGACGAGAGUUGACGAUAGAAAGCUCUGGUUUAUCCUGUUGUAUGCUUUUGCUAAGUCUAUUUUUAUAAGCAUGUUGCCCUAAACUCCGUUUUCAAGGACAAUGUGUAGAUAACCUCUUGGAGGAUAAUGGUAUUGUAAGUUACAUGUCGUUUAGAACGCAAGUGGAUUGAUUUGCAUCGACAAGACCUGACAUGAUAUGCUUGAGUCUGUUAGCCAGACAUUUCACAAUUUAUUUGUAGCUCAUGUUACAUACUCGAAUCAGUGUGAACUGAGCUAUCUUCAUCGAGGUUUCCAGUUUUGGUAGGAGGGCUGAUUCGGGUCUAAUUGCACAUGUUUUGCUCCCGUUUUACUUAGAUGGUUGUGCCAAAUUCGCUCCUUAAAUGUUGGUUUUACGCUAGGUUCUUUGUGUUUGAGUGUGUUUCAGGAUUUAACAGGUGAAACCAACCUCGGAGUCGAAAUAUUGGCAAAAACGAUCGAAAACCGGGAGAAGAGGUGAAAAAGAGCCAGUUCACGGCUAACUGAAGGAGUUCACGGUCAUGCAAGACCAUGAAGAAGGGGAGUUGACCGUGAAUCGCGAGGCGUCCAGAGCCAAUGUGAAGGUUACUGACGCCAGGUGAGUUCACGGUCACUAAGACCGUGAACACAUGCAGCUGACCGUGAACAGACGUGAGCGAUGCAGAGCGUUUUGGCGCACGCCUUGAGUUCACGGACGCGUUUGAUGGUUCACGGCCGUGAACUCAGCUCUUCUCGGGUUUAAAAGAUGAGCUGAAAGGAGGAGAGAGAGGAGAGAGACCACUUUUGUGUGAAACACCUUCUUCAACAUUCUAGUGAGAGAAACAGAACCAAAGGGAGAAGAAGGUUAGGGUUUGGCUUCAAGGCAGAUUUUGGGAAGAUGUCCCCCAAGGAAAGCUCAACUCAAGGGUCAAGAAGAGAGGAAGCAUCCUCAAAGAUGGUUUCCACUUUUUCCCCUUUUGUUCUUCCCACUUCUAGCAUGGACUAGACCUCCUUUCAAUUGGGUGUAGUGAAACCCUAACUCUACCAUGUAGUUUUUUUGGAGGUGUUUUGGAUGAUUGUCAUUGGGUAUUGUUCAAUUCAAUGAUUGAGGCAUUAUUCACCAUGAUUAUGCAUGCUUGUGCUUAGCAACUUAGGGGUUGUGCAUGAUUUGUGCUUAGCCUCCUUAUGUUUGUGCAUUUAGGUGCUUAGCAACCUAGGGAUUGUGCAUAAUUGUGGUUAGCACCCCUAAGUUUGUGCAUUUAGGUGCAAGUAAUCUAAUUUGCCACCUUAGCCUAGUUUAGAGAGGAAAAUCCCCCUUUCAAGGGAGACUCAAUCGAGUUGGUUUUCCUUCCGCUUUCUAAGCCACCUAAACUAGGCUAAGUUAGGGCGACCCUCCAUAUUGAGUUAAGCAAGUCGAUUAAUCGCGACUUAACCUUCCGACCUUAGAGUUGAGUGAGGGAGUAAGUCAAAUUACCGAUUGUCUAAACCGAGAGGGUUGAGUGACACGGCCUUUCAUCCUUACCUCGGUUUAACAAUUGAGAUGUGGCCUCCGACCACAUAUGCAUCCCUCUGUGAUUCGCAAUUAACGUGCCCAAAGGCAUCGUUCCAAUUCACAUAGCAUGGUAGCGGUUAGGGGGAAGCGACACCCGAGUGACUUUCCCACAAAAGAGUUUUCAAACCCAAUCACCUUUGCUUUCUUUUAUUUCAAUAAGAAAACCUUUAAACCAAAGUUUUGUUGCUAGAUAAUGAUUUCAACAACAGAUGUAGGGAUAGAUGGACCGGCCCGGGUCGAUAUCUAAAUACUUGCCCUAUACUGCACCCGAUUAGAGUUUAAAAACUUGGGCUCUGAUUGGGGUUUUAUUGUGGUGUAGUUUCGUGCGAGUCAAGUUUUUGCAUUAUUGCCGGGGACAACAGUCUGUUAUUCUGAAAAAGUUGUUGGUUGUUAAUCUAGCUUUUAAUUUCCAGUUUUUCAAGUGUGUGUGUUCUUUGCUUGUGCUAGACUUGGUGUUUUCUGAUUGUGUGUAGGUGGUGCAUGACCCGGAGCAACCCGACACCCUUUCUACCACUUGACGAGGACAUAAACCGAACUCUCCGAC